AACAUUAUCGUAUGGUACAAAUGGGAUUUACUCAACAGAUAGAGGGGAAAAAAAUAGAGAAAAGAAUCACUACUAUGGAGUCUCCGUUGUCAUCAAAUUAUUCGCAUGGUUAUAAUGGACAAAGCAGUAGUUAUACCAAUCAUAUGAAUGAUGGUAGUAUCCAUUCCAAUGUAGACGUUGAUAAUUAUAAUUCGGUUAACAAGGGCAAGGGAAAAGCAAUAGCUGAUUAA